AUGGCGACCAAGGUGCCGGUCUAUUCGACCAACGACCUAAAAUCCACCAGUGAUGAUGCUUUAACCCCGUAUCUGGCCAACCUUCCCGCGCCUUACGCCUUCGCACCAGACCACACCAAGAGCAACAUCCGCUUUGUCUUGGGCUACAGCGCCGUCGCGAUUGCAGGUUUCACCUUCUACGCAGACCGCAAGCUUGGCUGGGAAGCUACGACGUCCCCGUGGAUCAUCGCGGCUGUAGUCUCGUACUUCAUCCUCAACAGCGCGCUCACUUUCUGGAUUUGGGCUGUCGAGGCUGGAGAAGUGUUUUGCGGAAAGCGGAAAACCGGAGAGACUAUCACCAUUUCCUCAUCGGUCAAGAAGAACACCACCCCGUACAAGCUUCGCGUGCUAUACAAGUCAUCGUCCGGAAAGGUUCUUCAGAACCAUCAAUUUGAGGCUCCUUUUACCAAAUGGUUCUCUGCGGACGGUGUUUUCCAUGCGGAGCCGUUCCGGCGCUGGCUGGCAAGCGAGGUUGAUGUGCUAAGGUUGGCAGCAAAAGAAAGCAACAAGAAAUAG